CAGACAUUAUAAUGGCGCUGUUCUUGACCGGCUACCUUUUACUUACCUUCACCCUUACCCUUUCUUUUUCUACCUUGCGCGUCUGGGCAGCCGGUAGGUGGCCUGAUGUGGUCGCACAAGAACUUGGGCCCCAGCUCUCCUCGCUGGCUUCAAUUAUAACCGAGCCUGGGGCUGUGGAGUCGGACUUUGAACGUUGGAGCGCGUACAGCGCGCCCCAGCCGGGGGUCGUGGUGUCGGUAGCCACUGAGGAGGACGUCGCAAAGACGGUGAAAUUCUGCGUCUCAAACUCAAUCCGAUUCUUGGCCCAGAAUGGAGGCCAUGGCUGGGCGGACACAUUUGACUUGGGACCCAAUAGACGCGGGCUGCUUAUCGACAUCACGCAGUUGAAUACGGUCGUAUUCAAUGCCAACCGGACGCAGGUUACCCUUGGCGGCGGGGUUUCCAUUGGUGAAGCGGUUGCAGCAGCAGUCGAGCAUGAUACUCUCAUACCUACUGGCAACUGCAACUGCGUCGGGACCCUAGGCGCUAUUCUAGGCGGGGGGUAUGGUAACCUUCUUGGCAUGGUCGGGUUCGGGGUUGAUAAUGUCUUGGAGUUGAAGGUAGUCCUUGCCGACGGGGAAGUGCAUACAGUAACGCCUGGCCGUCAGGGCAAGGAUCAUGAUCUGUUCUGGGCGCUCCGCGGCGCGGGCCCUAACUACGGGAUUGUCACUUCGGCAACCCUCAAGGCGUACCCCGUGGACUCUGCGACUAAUAUCACAGCGUGGAUGGGACAGCUUGUAUUCAGCGGCGAACAGGUAGAGGCCGUCGUGCAGGCUAUCGAGGAGCUGACUCUCACGCCCGAGAUGAACAUCUUCUUAUACUACAUGACAGUGAACGGCACGCAGAGGUUCAUCGCUACGCCGUUCUACUAUGGCGAUGAAGGCGAGGCACGAGGGCGAGCAGCUUUUGCAUCCCUUCUUGACAUCGGUCCGAUUGAAGACCAGACUGCUGAAGUGCCGUAUGCCCGCUGGAAUGAUGGGUCAGAUGGCUUCUGCACCAGCGGUGGGUAUAAGCCGGCUUAUUCUGCUGCCCUACAGACGCAGAACAGCGUUGUUAUUAUGGAAGCGUAUUCGCUGGACAGGGCCCGUGCUCUACCGGACGACUCCGCCGCGUUUCCGGGGCGGAGCAGGGUCAACUUCCAGGCUGUCGCUAUACCAUGGUACUAUGACCAGGGGCUGGAAAAUAGCGCGAUAGCUUGGGGGGAGACAAUGCGAGCUUUGUGGUGGGAGACUGAUGGGCUGGAUGAUCCGGCUGUGUAUGUCAAUUUUGCCCAUGGCGACGAGAACCUGACGACCAUAUACGGAGAAAACGUGGGACAACUGAGAGCCAUCAAGGCCAGGGUGGACCCCGAGAACGUAUUCAAUCAAUGGUUUAAUCUUGGUACUGGACGUCCAUAGAUAGAUGAAGGAUAGAUGAGAUAGCAGUCAACUUCACUAUACAUCACCACGGCACAAUCCCUUGAGGGCCAUAUAUCCGUCCA